AUGUAUGGAUUAUCACAAGAAACAGGAAGUAACUCUUCACAAUCUCAACCCUUAGCAAGUCAAUCAUUCGCUUACUUUGAUUAUGAAAGUUCACAAGAUGACUACGAUUUGAAGUCGCAAUCGAUACCUACUACCAGUAGUACUGGUAACAAUAUCAACAGUGCCAAUAGUAAAUCACCAUUGCAACAACAACAUCAACAGCAACAACAUCAUCAAGGACAAAGACAACAACAGCAACAACAACAACAACAGUCACCUUCAUCACCAUCAUCGUUACAAUAUGAUAAACUAAAGCAACAACAACAGCAACAACAGUUAGUUGGUGGACUUAAGAGUGGAAACAAUAAUAAUAAUAACAGUAGCAAUGGUAAUGGUAACUUUGAUUUCAUGUCAUCACAAAAUGGAAUGUCAAUGUCAUCACAACUCAACUUUGAGGACCCAGAGGAUAUGGAUACGAUUAACAUCGAUUUGCCAGAUCAUGCUUGUAGAUAUUGUGGUCUACACGACCCGUCUACUGUGGUGCGAUGCAUGCAUCCCUCCUGUGGAAAAUGGUUCUGCAACGGCAAGGGUAAGACCACUUCAUCACAUAUUGUCAACCAUCUCGUCAAAGCAAAGCACAACGAGAUAUCGCUGCAUUCAGAGUCACCGUUUGGUGACACUGUGCUCGAGUGCUACAACUGCGGUUGCAAGAACAUCUUCUUGCUCGGAUUCAUUCCCGCCAAGAUGGAGUCGGUCGUUAUCUUGCUGUGUCGUGAUCCCUGCGCCAUGGGUGGUAAAGAAUCGAGCAACUGGGAUCUCAACAAGUGGGUUCCACUCAUCAACAGCGACCGUUGUUUCCUCAACUGGCUCGUAAAGACACCGUCAGAACAGGAUCAGCAGCGUGCUCGUCAGAUCACCACCAAGCAAAUCACAAAGCUCGAGGAGGAGUGGAAGAUCAAUCCCAAUGUGACAAUACUGAUCGAGCAACAUGGUCUUGGCAAAGAAGAUUCCGCACCACUCCCCACUCUCCUGCGUUAUGAGGACGCCUAUCAAUACCAGGAGAUCAUCACUCCGCUCAUAAAGAUCGAAUCCGAGUAUGAAAAGGUGAUGAGAGAAUCGUUGUCGCAGGACAAUGUCUCUAUCCGUUGGGAUCAAGGUCUCAGCAAGAAGUGGACUGCAAUCUUCUCGUUCUCGCGGUCGGACUACGAGUUGAAGGUGGUGCCCGGUGACGAGCUCAAGUUGAUCUACGCUGGCGACAGCCAGUAUCCAGAGUGGGAGUCGACCGGUCGUGUCACAAAGAUCAACGACGAGAGUGAGGCAUACAUGGAGAUAUCGUUGGAGCUCUACAACUCACACAACGCACCAACUAAAGCCACCGGUAAAUUCAAGAUCGAUAUGUUGUGGCGUUCGACCUCGUUCGACAGAAUGCACGCUGCUCUCAAGGCAUUUGCUGUUUCCACUGACUCGAUCUCAUCGCAUCUCUACCAUGCUCUGCUUGGUCACGACGAUCGUCGUCUCCCAAAGACAAACGUACCGAUGCCAACCAACUUUGCCGUCCACAAUCUACCACCAUUGAACAACUCACAGAUCUCGGCUGCCAUGAAGGUAUUAAAGUCGCCACUCAGUUUGAUUCAAGGUCCACCCGGAACCGGUAAAACUGUGGUAUCUUCGUUCAUUGUGCACCACAUUGUGAAACAUGCAAUCAAAAAGAAUGAAAAAGUAUUGGUUUGCGCACCUUCCAAUGUCGCCAUUGACCAACUCACUGGAAAGCUUCACUCGAUCGGUCUCAAGGUGGUUCGUCUCUGUUCAAAGUUGCGUGAGGAAGUAGCUUCGCCAGUCGAACAUCUCACACUCCAUCACCAGGUAUGGCAACUCGACAGUCACGGUCGUGGUGAACUUGCCAAGUUCAAACAACUCAAGGAUGAACAAGGUGAGCUCAGCACCAACGACGACCAUCGUUACUUUGCCCUGAAGAGACACGCCGAGAGCAAGAUCCUCAAGGAGGCAGACGUCAUUGCUACCACCUGUGUUGGUGCCGGUGAUCCACGUCUAUCCAAGUUGAAAUUCCCCUAUGUCUUGAUCGAUGAGUCCACCCAGGCUUCAGAGCCAGAGUGUCUCAUUCCACUGAUGUUGGGUGCCAAGCAAGUCGUGCUCGUCGGUGACCAUUGUCAACUCGGUCCAGUGUUGCUCGCCAAGAAGGUAAUCGAAGCGGGUCUUUCACAAUCGUUGUUCGAACGUCUUAUCAAUCUUGGACAUCAUCCAUUCCGUUUGACCACUCAAUAUCGUAUGCAUCCAUCGCUCUCUGAAUUCCCAUCGUCCACUUUCUACGAAGGACAACUCGUCAAUGAACUCUCCUAUAAGGAUCGUGUCUACAACGACAUCAAAUUCCCAUGGCCAUCACCCAACAACCCGAUGUUUUUCUACAACAGUACCGGAGCGGAAGAGAUCAGUUCUUCGGGAACAUCGUUUAUCAAUCGUAUGGAGGCAAGCACCACCGAGAAGAUUGUAACCAAACUUCUCGAGCUCGGAACCAAGCCACACCAAAUCGGUAUCAUCACACCCUACGAAGGACAACGUUCAUUCUUGGUCAACAAUAUGCAAAAAACCGGUAAACUCUCCAUUGAACUCUACAGAGAGAUCGAAGUUGCCAGUGUCGAUUCUUUCCAAGGUCGUGAGAAAGACUUUAUCAUUCUCUCCUGUGUACGUUCCAACGACAACCAAGGUAUUGGUUUCCUUCAUGAUCCACGUCGUCUCAACGUAGCUCUAACAAGAGCACGUUAUGGUUUAAUUAUCCUUGGUAACGCAAGAGUACUUUCAAGAGAUCAACUUUGGAAUAAUUUGAUUUGUCAUUUCAAGUCAAAGGAAGUGUUGGUGGAAGGAACCAUUCAGAAUUUGAAACAAAGUAUGGUUGUUCUUCAGAAACCAAAGAAGUUGUACGGUGAAGGAAAGUUACCGGUUCCAGGCGCACAGCCAACUGGAUUCAAUCCUUAUGGUGACUAUGGACAAGUCGAUCCAACUCACGGUAUGAACAUGGUCUACGGUCAGAAGCCACCCAAAUACUACGAUCCACGCCAACAACAAGGUGGACAACGUGGUGCUGUCGUUCCAGGUCUAGGCGGUAAUCCUUACCAAUCGACGCGCGGACUCACUCAGGGCAUGAGCAACAUGUCGAUGCGUCAAUACGAAGGAUCGCAAUCGAUCAACGGUUACAGCCAACAGUCAUCGUCACAGGGCUCCAACUCGCAGACCGGCAACUUCUACCUGCCAAUGAGUCAGUCGUUCCCAAUGAGUCUGAACGACAUGUCACAGGAGUUUCCAAACGGAUCGAGUGGAUCCUCUCAAACUUCGACCUCAUCAAAAUGA